AUGGAUCACUUAACUCAAUCUCAACCCGAUUUCCAUACCUUUUUGCGCAAUUGGAUGAUCGGCUUAGAGCAUUACCUUCACCAGCUUCUCCACCAUCUUGAGUUCUUGGAUCAACAAGACGAACCCAAACUCAAGCAACUCAUUCACCAAGUAAUGACUCACUAUCACGAAUACUUCCUCGCAAAGGCGCAAGUUUAUCGACAAAAUGUCUUUCUAGCUCUCUCACCACCUUGGUUCAGCUCAUACGAGCGAACAUUCCUAUGGCUAGCUGGCUUCAGGCCCGGUCUAGCCAUUCGUGUGGUGAAAAGUUGUGGGCUCGAGUUUACCUCGGAUCAGGCGGAAAUGUUGGAUAGGUUGAGUGUUGAGACUAAAGAUGGAGAAAAGAUGAUUACAGACAGGCUAGCAAGGUUGGAGCGGCAAGUGGUGGCGCCACCAAUGCUCGCGCUAACGAGAAUGGUGGGAAAGGAGGUGAAUGGGUUUGUUAAUCAAGCGGACACCGCGGUGGAUAGGUUGGCGGAAGAUAUGGAAGUUUUGGUUGAAUGUGCGGAUUAUUUGAGGGGGAAGACCGUGGCUAAGGUGAUGGGAAUACUUACGACGACUCAAAUCGUGAGGUUCUUGGCCGCUAUGGCGCAACUUCAGCUGAGGAUUCGGCAAUGGGGGCAGCUGAGGGAGGCCGAGGCACGUGGAGACGCUAAUCUUAAUCUUCCCUAA